AUGCGUCUAAGUAAUGCGUCCGAAGCUAGUCGCAAAGCACCGACCAACUUCAGGAGUGCGUACGCGUGGGAGACAAACAACGUCCAGGCUCAGGCUCAGGAGACAAACAACGUCCAGGCUCAGGCUCAGGAGACAAACAACGUCCAGGCCCAGGCUCAGGAGACAAACAACGUCCAGGCUCAGGCUCAGGAGACAAACAACGUCCAGGCUCAGGCUCAGGAGACAAACAACGUCCAGGCUCAGGCUCAGGAGACAAACAACGUCCAGGCUCAGGCUCAGGAGACAAACAACGUCCAGGCUCAGGCUCAGGAGACAAACAACGUCCAGGCUCAGGCUCAGGAGACAAACAACGUCCAGGCUCCGGCUCAGGAGACAAACAACGUCCAGGCCCAGGCGAAUCGGUACGGCUCUCACCUGGUGGUGAUCCAGUCAUACGACCAGAACAACUUCACGCGUCACCUGGCUUCGGAGGCGGUGGAGGAGUCCGACCCGGCUCGCUACUGGCUCGGCUUCCGCACACUCGACGACCUGAGCACCAACAGCCUGGAGACGGCCGCCGGCACACUCGAGAGCCAGUACAUCGGCUUCUGGGACCAGGGUAACCCGCGGCCCGAGCUGGGCGAGUGCGUGCGGGCCCGCUUCACCGACGCGCGCCAGAGCUGGGCGCUCAGCACGUGCGAGUACCUGCUACCGUUCAUGUGCCGCGCCACCGCCUGCCUUAAAGGUCACUUCCACUGCGCCAACGGCAACUGCGUCAACGGAGCCUUCCAGUGCGACGGAGAGAAUGACUGUGGCGACAUGAGUGACGAGAGUGACUGCCAGGCCACCACGCCCUGCCAUGUGUACCAGAGGUCCUCGUCGGGCACCAUUGAGUCGCCCGGCUACCCGGAGAGGUACCCAGCCAACCGCGACUGCAAGUGGACCCUGGAGGCGCCCGUCGGCCACAAGAUCACCCUCCAGUUUUCGGCGUUCGACUCCGAGAAGGACUUCGACACGGCGCACAUUCUGAGUGGAGGCACCACGGAGGAAUCGUCUGUGAGCAUCAUGACGCUGUCCGGCCAGGAGCAGCUGGGCUCCCAGCUAUUCACCUCCGCGUCCAACUUCAUGAUCGUCAAGUUCCGCAGCGACGCCAGCGUGGAGAAGUCCGGCUUCCGGGCCUCGUGGAAGUCGGAGCCGCAGACGUGCGGCGGGGAGCUGAUCGCGCCAGCGUCACCGCAGCGCCUGACAUCUCCCGGCUAUCCGGAGAACUACCCCGGCGGACUGGAGUGCCUCUACACCAUCAGGGCGCAGCUCGGACAGAUUAUCACGCUGGAGAUCGAGGACCUGGACCUGGAGCCGGGGAAUGACUACAUCCGCGUGCGGGACGGGCCGGGUCCGAAUGACCGCCAGCUGGCCUGGCUGACGGGCCGCGGUGCCGCCCGCUCCUUCGUCUCCUCCACCGGCAACACCAUGUACCUGUACGUGCGCACCGACCUCGGCAACAGCCGCAGGGGCUUCAGCAUCAAGUACAGCGCAGGCUGUGACGUGACGCUGAAGGCCGACAACGGCACCAUCUACUCGCCGGCGUACGGGGUAGCCUACUACCCGACCAACCUGGAGUGUGACUACCUGAUCCAGCGGCCGGAGGGUGGCCCUCUGAGCCUGCGCUUCACACACCUUACCCUGGACGAGACGGACGGCGUGCAGGUGUACGACGGUCCGGACAGCUCGAGCCUGCGCCUGCACUCGGGCGCUGGCUUCACCGGCCAGCUGGUGCCGCAGCUGACCCUGACCGCCCAGUCGGGUCAGAUGCUGGUCCGCUUCAUCUCCGACCCGCUCAAGGCCAGCAGAGGCUUCCAGGCUGUCUUCUCGUCAGAUUGUCCCAUGCUGGAGCCCGGCAAGGGAGCGCUGGGUACCAGCCGGGAGACCAUCUUCGGCACCAGGGUGACCUUCACGUGCCCGCCGGGUCAGGAGUUCGCCACGGGGAAGGCCAAGGUCAUGACCGAGUGUAUGCCCGGCGGCCAGUGGAGCGUCAGCUAUAUCCCCAACUGCCAGGAGGUGUACUGCGGUCCGGUACCGCAGAUCGACAACGGCUUCUCGAUCGGCGCCACGAACGUGACCUUCCGGGGCGAGAUCACGUACCAGUGCUACGCCGGCUUCGCCUUCCCCAGCGGCCAGCCUGUCGAGACGAUCCAGUGCUCCGCCGACGGCAACUGGGGCAAGCUGCCCGUCUGCCUCGCGUCCCAGUGUCCCGCACUCCCGGAGGUGCCGUUCGCCCAGAAGCAGCAGCUGAACGGCGGAGGUCGGAGUUACGGCACUGUUGUCAGGUACGAGUGCGAGCCGGGCUACGUCCGGUCGGGCGUGCCUGUCCUCUUCUGCAUGAGCAACGGCACGUGGAGUGGAGAGGUGCCCAGCUGCUCACGUCUGCACUGCCCCUCGCUGCCGGAGAUCCCGCACGGCUACGUGCUGUCGCCGGCGGCUGACUACCGGUACGGUGACGAGGCGAGCGUGCAGUGCUACCGCGGCUUCCGGCUGAUCGGCUCGGCGGUCAUCACCUGCGGACCCCAGCAGAAGUUCAUCAACCUGCCGCAGUGCGAAGACAUUAACGAAUGCGCGGCGGCCAAGUGUGACCUGACCUCGACCAACUGCUCGAACGUGGCCGGCUCGUACCACUGCGGCUGCCGCGACGGCUUCCGGCCCAACCUCGAGUGCCGGCCGGUGGCUGAGCUCGGCGUCAGCAGCGGCGCCGUCGCCAACGACGACAUCCUCGUCUCCGGCACCGAGGACGGCUAUGACAAAAACACGGUGCGCCUGAACGCCGACGGCGGCUGGUGCGGCGCGCGCGAGGGCCCCAAGGUCAACUGGGUCAUGAUCGACCUGGGCGCGCCGACAGUCGUGCACGGCUUCCGGAUUCAGCCGGUCUCGCGGCCGGACCGCACCGUGGCCUACGCCAAGAGCCUCAGGCUCUACUACACGGACGAGCUGACGGACGUGAUGCGGGAGUACCAGACGUCGAGCGGCGCUCCGGUGGAGUUCCGCACCGCCGGCGCCGGCCUCUCCGUUAUCAGCAUGCCGUCGCCCGUGGAAGCCCGCUACGUCAGGCUCACCAUCCUCGACUACCAGGUGGCGCCGUGCAUGCGUAUGGAGCUGAUGGGAUGCUCGCGUCAGGAGUGUACCGACAUUGACGAGUGCGCCAAGAAGAACGGCGGCUGCCACCAGCGAUGCGUCAACUCGGCUGGAUCGUUCGGCUGCCAGUGCGACGAGGGGUACGAGCUGUUCACCAAGAACGGCACGGCCGGGUUCACGGUGGCGCCCUCUGAGACGGGCGAACGGGACGGUGACACGUACCGGAUCAACAAGACCUGCGUGCCGAAACAGUGCCCCGGCAUCGAGGACCCCGUCAACGGCCUGCUGGUCUCCACCCAGGAGCAGUACCACUUCCGUGACGUCAUCUCCUUCUACUGUAACUUCGGCUACGUCAUGAAGGGCUCUCAGACUCUGGAGUGUACCGCCACUGGCGAAUGGAACGGGACAGUGCCCACAUGCGAAUACGCCUCCUGCGAGCCGCUGUCGGACGGCCCGGAGGAGGGCCUGACCGUAGCCCGCGAAGACCCCGAGGCCGAGGAGGUGACCGUGCCGUUCCGCGAGAACAUCACCGUCGCCUGCUCGGAGACGGGCAAGCCGCUUGCAACACCCCGCACCGCCGGCUUCCGCCAGUGUGUGUACGACCCCCAGUCAGACUCAGCCGACUACUGGAUCUCUGGGACGGCGCCAGCCUGCCCCCGGAUCGACUGCGGUGUGCCACCGUCCACGCCUGGUGGCGCCUACGGAACAUACGCUGACACCAAGUUCAAGAGCAGCUUCUACUUCGGCUGCGAGGACACAUUCAGUCUAGCCGGACAAAGCAACUCCAACGACAACCUGGUACGGUGCCAGGCGGACGGCACCUGGGACUUUGGUGACCUGCGUUGUGAAGGGCCCGUGUGCAGCGACCCGGGCCGGCCGUCCGACGGCCGCCAGGUGGCCACCAGCUAUGAGCAGGGCUCCAAGGUGUCGUUCACGUGCAACAAGCCGGGCUACAUCCCGUUCUCUGGCGAGCCGAUCGAGUGCGUCCGCCAGCCGGAGUGUGCUGUCAUCAAGCCUCUGGGACUCUCGGACGGACGCAUCCCGGCCUCCGCCAUCAACGCCACCACGCAGCGGGCCAACUACGAGGCGAACAAGGUGCGCCUGGGCUCGGUUACCGGGUGGUGCGGACAGCUCAACGAGCCCUUCACCUACGUCCAGGUCGACCUGCUCAGUUUGCACCGCGUCAAGGCGAUCCUGCUGAAGGGAGUGGUGACCAAUGACGUGGUGGGUCGGCCCACGGAGAUCCGCUUCUUCUACAAGCGCGCCGAGGACGAGAACUACGUGGUGUACUUCCCCAACUUCAACCUCACGGCCCGCGAUCCUGGCAACUACGGCGAGCUGGCCAUGAUCACGCUGCCAGAGUCUGUUGAGGCUCGCUUCGUCAUUCUGGGUAUCGUGUCGCACGACAAGAACCCGUGCCUGAAGUUCGAGCUGCUGGGCUGCACCGUGGAGGAGGAGGAGCCGCUGCUCGGCUUCGAUAUGGGCUACUCGAUGUGCGUGGACGCCGAGCCGCCCCAGUUCAUCAACUGCCCCAGCGAACUGCUGCAGGUGGAGAAGGGAGACAACGGCCGCAUUCUGGCGGUGAACUUCACCGAGCCGCUGGCCACCGACAACUCGGGGAUGAUCGUGCGCACGGACGUGCGGCCGGCCGGCUUCGGGCCGCCCGUCUUCGUGUUCAGAGACCUGAUGGUCGAAUAUCUGGCUUUUGAUUUUGACGGAAACGUGGCGAUCUGCCAAAUGAACAUCACAGUCCCCGACGACACGCCGCCGAAGGUUACCUGUCCGCAGAGCUACGUGGUGGAGCUGGUCGAGGAGCAAGAGGUGUACGAGAUCAACUUCAACCGCUCCCGCUCCCAAGUGGACGUCUCUGACGACACUGAUGACGUCGAGGACAUCGCGGUGACGUUCGAGCCGUCGGCGGCUCGGAUCCAGAUCGGCGCAUACGAGAAUGUGACGGUCACUGCGCGCGACACCUCGGGCAACCAGGCCCAGUGUCACUUCCAGGUGGCAGUGCAGGCGACCCCGUGCGUGGCGUGGGACCUGAAGGCUCCCGCCAACGGUGCCGUGAACUGCCUGCCCAGCGAAGUGGGCGGCCUCCGCUGUCUGGCCACCUGCAAGGAGGGAUUCCGCUUCACUGACGGCGAGGAGGUCAAGACGUUCAGCUGCGUGCCGAAGCAGCCCUGGGAGCCGACCAAGCUGGUGCCCGACUGCGUGACCGAGGACACCGACCAGGCCAGCUACGACGUCAGCGCGCGCAUCAACUACCGCUCCAACGGCGCCGUCGCCCAGGAGUGCGUCGGCAUGUACAAGGAGGAGCUGAAACAGUUCCACGCCGACCUGAGCUCCGUUCUGUCCGCGCGCUGCUCGCAAGCCGUCAACCUCAACAUGGACGUUCGCCUGAUGUCCGGCGAUGCAGUGCGCGUGGCCGAGAACAUGGUUCAGAUCCAGCACGUGUUGCGCAUCACCCCGGAGAUCUCCCAGCCGUUGCUAUAUGACCUGUGUGGCCUGAACCUGGGCCUGAUCUUCGAGCUUACCGUGCCCUCCACCUCUGUCGUCAUCCAGCCGCUGCUCGACGUCUCCGCCAUCGGUAACCAGUGUCCCCCGAUGCGGGCGCUGCUCAGCAAUGUCACCAGAGGCUUCACCUGCACCACCGGCGAAGUUCUCAACUCGGAGUCAAGCAACACGAACGUGCCCAGAUGCCUGCACUGUCCGGCCGGCACGUUCGCUAAGACCGAGGACGAUGCGUGCACGGUGUGUCCGAUGGGAGAGUACCAGGACCAGAGCCGCCAGGGCAGGUGCAAGAAGUGUCCCGCCGGCACCUACACCCGUCAGGAGGGCAGCAAGAGCGUCCAGGAGUGCGUGCCGGUGUGCGGCUACGGCACCUACUCGCCGUCGGGCCUGGUGCCCUGCCUCGAAUGUCCGCGCAACAGCCACACCGGUCCGCCGCCGGCCGACGGCUUCAAGGAGUGCCGUGCCUGCCCGCCCGACACCUACACCCACGCCCAGGCGGCCAGCGACAUCGCCAUGUGCAGAGCCAAGUGUGCCCCCGGCACGUACUCGGCCACCGGCCUGGAGCCGUGCUUCGCCUGUCCGCGCAACUUCUUCCAGCCGAUCGAGGGCGCCAAUACGUGCUUCGAAUGCCCGACGGGCAACAUGACGGAGUCGGAGGGCGCAACGACACCAGAUCAGUGUGUGCCAGUCGCGUGCACUGAGGACACGUGCGAGCACGGAGGACUGUGUCAGAUGCUGGGUCACCGGCCCAAAUGUUACUGUCCGGCCGGCUUCAGCGGCGCUCGCUGCGAGCUUGACGUCGACGAGUGCCUCUCCACCCCGUGCCACAACGGAGCCGUCUGCGUCGACCAGCCCCAGGGCUAUCGGUGCCAGUGCGAGCGGGGCUACUCAGGCAUCAACUGCCAGAUCGAGGAGUCCGACUGCAAGGAGGAGACGUGCCCGGCGCGGGCCAUGUGCAUGGACACGCCCGGAGUCGGCAACUUUGAGUGCCUCUGUCGGGAGGGUUACACUGGCCCCAACUGCAACGUGACGGUCGAUCCCUGCAAGGAGAAGGGUAACCCUUGCGAUAACAGCGCCAGAUGCGUCGCCCUACAGCAGGGUCGGUUCCGCUGCGAGUGUCCGCCGGGCUGGGAGGGCGCGCUCUGUGACGUCAACUCGGACGACUGCGCCGAGCAGCCCUGCCUCCUGGGCGCCGAGUGCACCGACCUCGUCAAUGACUUCCAGUGCGACUGCCCCACAGGCUUCGCCGGAAAGCGGUGCGAGCGCAAGAUUGACCUGUGCUCUGGCGGCCCGUGCGCGCACGGCCUGUGCGUGGACCGGUUCUUCGUGCACCAGUGCGUCUGCGACCCUGGCUGGACAGGCCCGUCCUGUGACGUCAACAUCGACGACUGCGUGACCCGGCCCUGCGCAGAGGGCAGCACGUGCGUCGAUGACGUUGAUGGCUUCAGCUGCUCCUGCGCCCCCGGCUACACGGGCAAGCGCUGCCAGCACACGAUAGACGACUGUGCCAGCCAGCCGUGCCAGAACGGCGGCACCUGCGACGACCAGCUCGACGGCUUCAAGUGCGUCUGCCGACCCGGCUUCGUCGGGCUGCAGUGCGAGGCAGAGAUUGACGAGUGCACCUCCAGUCCGUGCAGCCCGCAGGGAACCGAGCGCUGCGUCGACCGCGACAACACCUUCGAGUGCGAGUGUCGCGUGGGAUACUCCGGCAAACUGUGCCAGACGAACAAGAACGAGUGCUCGUCCAGCCCGUGUAUGAACGGCGCCGUGUGUACGGAUGGCCUGGACGACUUCACCUGCUCGUGUAAGCCCGGCUGGACGGGCAAGCGCUGCGAGAUGGACGUGGGCAGUUGCGAGAGCUUCCCCUGCCUGAACGAGGCCAAGUGUAUCGAUCUUUUCCAGGGCUUCUUCUGCGCCUGCCCGUCGGGAACGGACGGGGACCGGUGCGAAGUGACUCCCGAGCGUUGCGUCGGCUCGCCCUGUAUGAACGGCGGCUUCUGCAGGGACUACGGCUCGGGCCUGAACUGCAGCUGCCCGGCUGACUACCUCGGAGUCGGCUGUCAGCACGAGCUGGACGCCUGCGAGGCCGGGGUCUGUCAGAACGGUGCCACGUGUCUGGAUGAGGGCGCCGGCUACAAGUGUGUCUGCCCGGCCGGCUACACGGGCGUCAACUGCGAGACGGACAUUCCGGACUGCGCGCCGAGCAGCUGCCCGACGGGCGCCACCUGCGUCGACCUCGUCAACGACCACUACUGCCGCUGCCCCUUCAACCUGACCGGCGAGGACUGCAGGAAGAGCAUCACGGUGGACUACGACCUGUACUUCAACGACGACUCCAAGUCUUCCUCGGCUUCGCUGUACGCGCCGUUCGAGAUGCGCUCAGCGUCGAGCAUGUCGCUGGGGCUGUGGGUCCAGUUCAGCUCGCGGCUCGACAUCGGCACCUUCUUCACACUGUACAACGUCAGCUCUCUGCACGUGCCGUCCGACCGCAAGGUCCUGGUGCAGAUGCGCAGCGUCGGCGUGCUCGUCAACCUGUUCGAGGACGAAGACGCCGUCUUCCUGGAUUUCAACAAGCAGAUCCCGGUCAACGAUCGCCAGUGGCACCACGUGGUGCUCUCGUGGGAGACGUCUGGCAACGUCCAGCUGGUCACCGAUCUGGUGGUGAUCGGCAAGCGCACCGGCUACGGCGUCAACAAGACCCUGCCCGAGUUCGGCUAUGUGACACUGGGUGCUCCGCUGGCUGAAGACGGCACCCAGGUGGCCAAAGCCGGCUUCAAGGGCAAGCUGGCCCGCGUCAACAUGUGGUCCCGCAGGCUGGACAUCCGCACCGAGAUCCCCAAGCAGGUGGAGUCUUGUCGUAAGGCGCCCGUGCUGUACGACGGCCUGCUGCUGCGCUGGAGCGGCUACAACCAGCUUCUGGGCACGGUGGAGCGCGAGGGGCCGUCCACGUGCGGCGAGCUGGUAUGCGCGCCGGGCUACACCGGCGACUGCACCAGCCGCGCCCGCGACAAGACGCCGCCGCGGGUGGACUUCUGCCCGGGCGACCUCUGGGUACAGGCCGGCAACGGCUCAACGGCCGUCCGCUGGGACAAGCCGCGGUUCAGCGACGACGACAAGCUCAUGUCCGUCAAGGAAAUCAGAGACUAUGCACCUGGUCAGCUGUUCCCGUGGGGUUCGCACGACAUUGUUUACAUCGCCAGGGAUGACGCCGAGAACAGCGCGCUCUGCAGCUUCCGCAUCCACGUACUCAAGGAGAUCUGCCCCACCCCGGAGGACCCCAACGGCGGCUACCAGGAGUGCUCCACCUGGGGACCCAACGGACGCUUCCGCUACUGCAAGAUCCGCUGUGACCCGGGACUGCAGUUUAGUCAGCCCAUCCCUGACUUCUACGUGUGCGGCCCGGAGGGCUUCUGGCGCCCCAAUGACCAGCCCAACACGGCUCUCAUCUACCCGAGCUGCGCCCCCGCCGAACAGGCGCAGCGGGUGGUCAAAAUAAAAAUGAACUUCCCCUCGUCCGUCUUCUGUAACAACGCCGGCAAGAACGUGCUGGACAAGCGCAUCCGCGAGGCGCUUCAGAAGCUCAACAAGAACUGGAACUUCUGCAUCAACACAGUCGAAGGUGACGAGUGUGACGGCCUAAACGUCAACGUCAACUGCGGCCAGCGAUCGCGCGUCCGGCGACAGGCCAGCGACAACGACGGACUCUACGAGGUCGAGAUCAGCUUCCCGGCGCAGAACGGUCCGGUGACCAACCCGGAUACGAACCAAGCCACCGAUGUGCAGAAGCUCAUCGAGAGGAUCAUCCUGGAGAAGGGAGAGUUUGAUGUUCAGUCGCAGCUUCCGAACGUGGUGCCCGACCCGUCCUCGCUCGAGCUGGACUCUGAGUACUUCUGCGAGCAGGGCAAGGUGGUGGUCGGCGACCAGUGCGUUUCCUGCGCGGCCGGCACCUUCUACAACCGGGAGACACGCACGUGCGUCAAGUGCGAUGUGGGCACGUACCAGAACGAACAGGGCCAGUCGCGCUGCGAGAAAUGCCCAGAGAUCGCCGGCAAGCCGGCCGUCACCGCCAUCAAGGGCGCGCAGAGCGUCGAGGAGUGCAAGGAGCGCUGCUCGGCCGGCCGCUACUACGACAGCGUACUGCGCGUGUGCAAGGCAUGCGGCUUCGGCAACUAUCAGCCGGAAGAGGGCCAGUUCUCGUGCGUGCCCUGCGGCCUCGGCCUGACCACGCGCACCUCUGAGAGCAUCACGAAAGAGGAGUGCAAGGCUGAGUGCGCCAACGGCGAGCAGCUGUCGCUGGACAACACGUGCCAGCCGUGCGCGCGGGGCACGUACCGCACUCGCGGCGUGCAGCCCGCGUGCGUGGCCUGCCCCGAGGGCACCACCACCCUGGGCACCGGCUCGGCGCUGGUCGAUGACUGCUCGCUGCCCGUCUGCCAGCCUGGCUCCUUCCUGAACACGACCGGCGGUAACCGGUGCAUGUCAUGCCCGCUGGGCACGUACCAGCCACAGUCGCAGCAGACCUCGUGUAUCGAGUGCCGGCCGGACACCACCACCGAACAGACUGCCGCCACCAGCGCCGACCAGUGCAUCAACCCAUGCGACGGCGCCGGCGACCAGAAGAAGUGCGACGCCAACGCCAUCUGUCUGAUCAACACGGAAACGAAUGCGUUCAAGUGCGAGUGCAAGCUGGGCUUCAGCGGCAACGGCUUCAACUGCUCGGACCGGUGUGACAACUUCUGCGAGAACUCGGGCGUCUGCGUCAAGGACGAGCGUACCGGCAUGCCCAAGUGCAGCUGCAUCGGCUCGUUCACCGGUGAGCGCUGUGUGGAGAAGUCAAAGUUCGCCUACAUCGCCGGCGGUGUGGCCGGCUUCGUCGUCGUAGCCAUCAUCUGCGUGCUCUUCGUCUGGAUGAUCUGCGCCCGCUCCAACAAGAAGAAGCAGCCCGACCCCGUGCAGAAGGCCAUGACGCUGCCGCCCGACGCGGCCUCCCAGGUGAACUUCUACUACGGCGCACCGACACCGUACGCCGAGAGCAUCGCGCCGUCGCACCACUCGACGUACGCCCACUACUACGACGAGGAGGAUGACGCGUGGGAAAUGCCCAACUUCUACAACGAGACCUACAUGAGAGACGGUCUCCAUCCGGCCAAGGCCAACAGCCUGGCCCGCUCCAACGCCAGCAUCUACGGCGCGCCCCGACAAGACGAGCUCUACGACCGCCUGCGCAAGCACGCCUACACCGGCAAAAAGGAUAAGAACGACACAACCGACGAUAGCGACGACCAGGCUCGUUAGAGACAUCUAGCGGUAGUUUAACAAACUUUAGCGACUGGUACCGACACCAGGCGGACGCGAACCGGAGCUUUGCGGCCGAAACCCCGCGGCGACCGGGGCUCUGCCGAGGGGCAUUUGGUUACACCCUGCCGGUGUGUAUAGAGGAGUCCCACGCGCCGGACAAAGCCGGCCCGAACUGGCCCGAACUGGCCUGAAUCGGCCCAAACCGGCCUGGAAGUGUGACCCACCUUGUGGAGAUGAGGUGUGCCGUCCCGGCCCGCCAUCGUAUACUCGACUCUGCGGCGGCGCUGUGUCGCCGCGCCAGCCAGCCAGCGCCGCCGCCGGCUCAGGCGGGCUCCCGACCGCGGUCGCCUGACCUCGUGACCCCGUGCGCGGCAACCGCGGCGCCAGCGAUUGUGCAUUCCUGUCGGGGAUGACGACACUCAGCGAACUCGAGGCGCGUGGCAGCACGCCAGCCAGGCGCGCCGCGGCCUGCUCAUGUACCAUUCUAACUAAGUUAUUGUCUGCGCGCCGGCGUUGGGUCGGUGCGAGCGUGCGGCGUGAGGUGCGAGACGUGAGGCGUGAGGUGCGAGGCGUGAGGUGUGAGGUUUCGGGCGUGAGAGAUGGCGUGACCCUGGCGGCGCGUGAGGCGUGAUGGCGGCGGACCGCGGCUUGGCAACAUCAGCUGACGGCUGCGAACUUUGCUACGCUGGGCGGUGCCGCGGUCGCCCACAGGUGGCAGCACCGUCGGAGGCCGUGCCGACUUGGUGUGAAGCGCGUGUGUGUUUGUGUUGUCUCCGGAUCCAGCGUGUGUCAGUGACUGUGGCGCCCUCUGUGUGGACGUCCGCCGCCCGUAAAUCCAUGUGCGACCUGCGGGUGGAACGCGAACAAAGCGAGGUUGUUAACGCCGUGUGAAUGUGCGGAGUUUGCGAAUACACGGGUGGCGCCGAAC